AGUAUCUGUUGCUCCAGCUUGUAGCGUGCCUAUCAUGUGGAGAUAUUUCAAUGAAUGAACGGUCGGCUGACUGCAACAGGGAAUCGGAUAUUCCAUUGGGAACUAAGCACCUCCCCUUUAAUCGCUUGGCUGAGUUUGUCUCGGAGCUGUUGAGUCGCCAGAUUCACUCGCACGUUUGCUGUCAGCGGCUUGAGCAAGUCCCCUGGAACUGCGCGCUUUCCCUGCGCCUGGGAAGCGUCCGUGCCCUUUGUUUAUGCUUUAUGGAAUAAAAAAGUAACUCGGGCUGGAGAUUUUUCUUGUUUUACCCUUCCGAUUUCUACAUCGUCAUGAAGAAAGAAGAAUUAAAGCACUCGAAGUGGCGAGUGGACUGAACCAGCAGCACUCUACCACAUUGGGCAGUUGUAAACUACAGCAGUGAUGGCCAAGUGGCUCAAGGACUAUCUGAGCUUUGGAAGCAGGAAGGUACCACCUCAGCCACCCACUCCGGACUACACUGAGAGUGAGAUCCUCAAAGCUUACCGCCUACAGAGGGAUCUGGAUUUUGAGGACCCAUAUGAGGACUCUGAAAACAGAUCGAGGGGCGAGUCCGGGGCUUCAGAACCUGCCACCCCUGUGUAUGGCUCUCCAAUGAAGACCAUUGGGGACAGCAAGUCACCAAAGCAUAGACUUAUCAAAGUGGACUCUCAAGAGCUGGGCCGCACCAAGAUCCUUCUCAGUGCCAUCUCUUUGGAGGAGCAACAAGAACCUGUGGUGCCGUCUGCUCCUUUGGCCGGGGACACAGAUUAUUCAGAUCCCUUCGAUGCUCGCCUGGACCAUAGAGUGGACUCAGAGCUUGGACUAGUGCCGUGUGAAAACAACGGCUACAUGGAGCCUUAUGAAGCUCAGAGGGUCAUCACAGAAUUACAGCGCGGUCCUGCAGGAGGGCGGUCCCGCGGAGGAGUGCAGCUCUACGAUACGCCUUACGAAGACGAGCGGGGCCAUCGGCUGGGUCUGAUGUACGGAGAUAACUAUGAGGAGAGCAAGGAGAGCUCCAGACUGCCCCAAGAUGACGAGAGACCAGCGGAUGAGUACGACCAGCCCUGGGAAUGGAAGAAAGACCACAUCUCCAAAGCCUUUGCAGUGCAGUUUGAGGGGGCCGAAUGGGACCGCUCCUCAUCACCCACAGAGCGCCUACGUCCACCAGGGCCCAGGUCCAGCCCCAUGAAGUUCCGGAUGCCCCAAGAAGGACUCACAAUGGUCGGAGAGAGAGUGGACCCUACUUUACCCCUGGAGAAGCAAGUAUGGUACCAUGGUUCAUUGUCUCGGUCAGACGCAGAGGCACUGCUAACACUGUGUAAGGAAUGUAGCUACCUGGUGAGAACUAGCCAAACCAACCACACUGACUACUCCCUUUCCUUACGGAGCUGCCAGGGCUUUAUGCACAUGAAGUUCACCCGGUGCAAAGAUGGAAAGUACGUGUUGGGACAGAACAGCCCCCCAUUCGACACCAUCCCAGAGGUCAUCCAUUUUUACACCACACACAAACUCCCGAUCCGUGGAGCUGAGCACUUGUCCUUGUUGUUCCCGGUGCUGGUGCAGACUCUCUGACUCUUGUAGGUGCUCCAACAUGGGACAUGCAAACAGCUGGAUAGGUGCCACUGCCCCCUUUAUGACAGACUGGUGGUCUACCUUUGAGGACUUUUGCCAAGCUUCUAACACCAACAUGGCAAAUCAAUUCAUGUGAAAUGCAAUACCUGAACCGUGGACCUUUUUUAGAGAUUUUUUCAGUAUUUCAAGCACCUGGAAUUCCCAUUUGAAUCAGUCCUUUCUCAUAAAUAAAACUGUGGACUAUGACUCUCUGAGCACUGUAUGAUCAUUAUCACAAUUUCUCUAACCAUUAGUGACAGACGUAUUGUUAUGUGAUGAUAGCCCAAGUCAGUUCAUAUGCAACAAACUGAAAUACACUGUGUUUGACAUCUUCUUAUCAGAGCCAGUGUUAAACGUGAACACACUUGUUGAAUGCCUUUUUUUCUCACAGAACUUGUCAGUUUUCGUAAUGUUAUGCUUGAUUAGUAUUUCCUCAUCUAAAAAUGGCUAUUGGCAGAUAAAAGAUUAUUCUGUCAGAAUAAUCAUCAAAUGCUUGCAUUUUGAACCCAACAACAUUCAACAUGCAGCCUGCAGAGGUAAUGGCUCUACUACAGUUGCUGUGCUUUUCUUGGUAAUAUUCAAUCCAUGUAUCAGUGUAAUUUCUGCCUUCCUUUGGGUAUUUUGUUUUACAAAUAUCAGUGUUGACUGUUUUAGUUUCCAUUGUAAUUAUUGAUUUUGCCACUGCCAUCUACAAAUGUAAAUUUCUUUUUUUUUUUUUUUUUUACUUUUCUGUAGAGAGAUGAGACUUUAUUACUUUAAUUACUGGCCAUUUUCCAGUUUGUAUUUAGCCAGCUGAUCAUGUGAAUAGAGGGAGUGGGCAGUUGUACUGAAGGUACAUGCUUACCAUCUGGAGUGAGUUCCAGUGCCUGUUGGAACGCUUGCAAUGUUUUGCAGUAUUUCUUAAAAGAAAAGUGUUAUUUGUUUUUAUGUCAUGUAUGUUGCUUGAUAAAUUAUUGUUGACACCAA